UGUCAAAAAUAUAAACAAAUUUCUCAGAAAUCAAUCAUUUGUGUUCCUCGGUUUGUGCUAAUUUUUUACUGAAUUGCCUGAGAUAUUUGUACAAUUUUGUGCUAAACAGCUUACGUGAGGUGUUGAUUCUUCGAUACUUGUUUGGGAUGUCCGAUCCUGAGGAAUCGCUCGAAGAAAAACUACGAAAAUUUCGACUUGGUCGCGAGUCGACCAAUCAUCAAACAGUGAGUUCAGAAGAGCAGACCAAUCAGGGUGACAUGAGCAACCGCCAGGGCAUUGGGGGUGGUCCACACGGAACCAGACAUCCACCUCAUCUGAAGGGUCGUGAUAUUGGCAAAUUUUAUGCAAAUUUGCGCCGUGUACGGGACACCAAAAGGGAUCAGGAUGGUUCCAAUGUGGCAGGUUAUUCCCAAUCCGCGCAGAGACGUCAGCGUCAGAAAAAUCGCGAGAAAAUGGCCUAUGAAAAUGGUGAAGGGGGUCGCGAUGCCAAUCGGUUUAAAGCGGCUGGAGAUUUCAGGGAGGAUGAGGCUGUUCUGGGAGGCGAUGGAGGAAGACCACCACCUGGGCUCCAGGGACGAGAACUGGGACUGUACUAUCGAGACAGAAUGACCAAGAAAAGGAAGGAAAUGGAAAAGCGAAAAGUGGUGGAUAUAACUAUUCCGCGAUGGCAAAUUCAGGAGAUCAGGGAACAAUUGAACCUGAAUGGCGAUAGAGAAAAUGUUGAUUUUUUCAAGCAUUUCGUUCAAAGUGACGAAAUUAAUUCGGUGUUCAAGAACGAGUAUUUGAGGGUGAUAAAAACAAGUUUGCACCAAAUUUUGCUGGAGGAAUCUAGGAAAGUAGCUAAAACCCCUGAUCAAGAGCAAAUUGAUCACAGAGAGAAGCUGAAUGAACAGUUGUAUCAAGAUUUUUUACAAAAAAGAGUUCUUAGCGAAAUAAGAGCGGCGCGUGAGAGAUUACCGGCAUAUAAGCACCGACAUGGCAUUCUGGGAAUGAUUGAUACAAAUCAAGUGAUUCUGAUUAAGGGAGAAACGGGAAGUGGAAAGACAACUCAGGUUCCCCAAUUUAUAUUGGACCGAGCCUUGUUCGGAAAGAAUGGAUCGACAUGUCGAAUAAUAUGUACCCAGCCCCGGAGAAUUUCCGCUAUUACGCUGGCGGAGAGAGUUGCUGUGGAAAGAGGCGAACGACUUGGUCAAUCUGUUGGUUACCAGAUUCGGCUGGAUGCAAAGAGACCCCGACCUGAAGGUGGUUCCAUAAUGUUUUGCACGACAGGAAUUGUGCUUACGAUUAUGCAAAAAGAUCCGUAUCUGAGAGAUUAUUCCCAUUUAAUUCUCGAUGAAAUCCACGAGAGAGACGUUUUAACGGAUCUGCUUCUAGGUAUCGUAAAAAUGAUACUUAAGUUCAGGAAGGAUUUGAAGGUGAUUCUUAUGAGUGCAACCUUGACAGCGGAUACAUUUUCCAAAUACUUCGAUGGCUGCCCAAUUGCAGAAAUUGAAGGUAUCAUGUUUCCGGUUCAAGAAUUUUACCUAGAGGAUAUUAUCGCGAAUUUAAACUACUACAAAUUCGGCGACGUUAAUAAAAGAACGCCACGAAACCGGAAAUUCUAUGAAUUUGACAGUAUGAUCAGGCCUUACGUUGAAUCUAUCAGAGGACGUUAUCCAGUUCCAGUUUUGCGAGCUAUUUCCAAUCCUGAAAGUGAAUCGUCGCAAAAUGAUCUAAUAGUGCAUCUCAUCGUUACAAUAACAUGUUCCAAACCCGAAGGAGCGAUUCUUGUGUUUGCACCGAGUUUAGCUCAAAUUUCCGAACUGCAUAAGUUACUCUCGAACCACUCUGAACUGAGGAAACAUCCAACUUUAAUAUACGCGCUGCAUUCUAAAGUUCCCCAACUCGACCAGAAGGCUGUCUUCGAGCGUCCCGCGUAUGGGACAAGGAAAAUCAUUUUAUCUACAAAUAUUGCAGAGACAUCCAUUACCAUCAACGAUGUUGUAUAUGUGAUCAACACUGGGAAGCACAAAAUUAACAUGCAUAAUAAUGGGAUCUCGUCCUUGUGUGAUCAGUGGACAUCGAUUUCCAACGAGAUACAACGGAAAGGUCGCGCAGGUCGUGUCCAGCCGGGUGCCUGCUUUCAUUUGUACACUCGAGGUCGAAGAAAGACCCUGUUGCAAAAUACACCACCCGAAAUUCUACGCGUUUCGUUGGAAGAAGUCAUCCUCAAUAUUAAAAUUCUUUGUCUUGGGGAAGUUACCAGCUUUUUGGGAACUCUUCUAGAUCGGCCCACCGAUGCCGUAAUUCGCGAGUCACUUGAGCUGUUGAACCGUCUGAACGCGAUAGACGACGACCAGACGCUUACACCGCUGGGAUACCACCUCGCUCGUUUGCCCAUGGAUCCGCACACCGGUAAAAUGGUCCUUCUAUCCGGUAUCUUCAGCUGCACCGACCCAAUCACAUCGAUUGCCGCCAGUUUGUCGUUCAAGGAUGCCUUUUACAAACCCUUCAACAAGGAACGGCAAGUGCAUGCGGUGCGCCUCCGGUUCGCCGAGGAUAGCCACAGCGAUCAUCUGAUGCUGGCAAAUGUGAUUGACCAGUGGAAGUCGGUUCCGUCGCGUGAGGUGCACACAUUUGCGAAUCGAAACUUCCUAAAUCUUACCAUUCUGAACCAGCUGUACAGCAUGAAGCGCCAGUUUUGUGAGUACCUGCACACCGCCAAUUUACUCCAGGAAGCGCAAGCUAACGCGAGCUGCAAUAAUGAGAACUCCGACAACAGGAAGCUGCUAACGGCCAUCAUUGGGGCGGGGCUGUAUCCGAACGUGGCGUUUGUUCGGAAGGUUAUCCGAAAACGGACCAGCGCCGACGGACGAGUCAUUCUGCAUAUCGAAGGUCAGGGAAGAGCCACCAUGCAUCCAUGCUCGGUGAACAGUAAGCUGAGUGAUUACGAGUCGAACUUUGUCGUGUAUUACGAGAAAAAGGAAUUAUCGGCGCUGACCAUCUUCGAUACCACGGUGGUGAAUCCGUUUCCGUUGUUCUUCUUCGGGGACAACCACGUCACGACGGAAGGGGCGUUUGAGUAUAUCUCGAUUGCGGGCCAUGACUGCCUCAAGUGCAACAAGGAAACCUACCAAUUGAUUCAGGAUUUAAGGGGAGGAUUUAAUCUGUUCCUGCAGAAGAAGAUUUGCGAACCCACGCCUGUCGAUUGGUCGUCGGAAGAGGGAACGCUUUUACGUGCCAUCAUCAAGCUGAUAACAAUUGAUGGAAAGUAUGAGGACGAUUUCGAUGAUGACGACCUACCGAUGGAGUGCAGCGGUAAUCCUGAAGAGAUUCCUCUGGAUGAUUAUGAUCAGUAUGAUUACUUCGACAAUGAUGAACUACCACCGGCGGCAUCAACAAGUGGCACAAGCAACUGUUGAUAGAUUGAAUAAUCGAUUAGUGUGUUAACAAUGGCUGGUGUGAAUCAAGCAAAAAGCAUGUGAUUUCAUUAUUUAAUACGUGUUGUUGGAAAAUGGCUCAGACUCAGGUAAAUCUCAAUCAAACAAUAGGGCCGAAUAGAAAGUUUUUCCAGCAUAUUAAGUAACUGUCUAUACUAAAUUAUACUUGGUUUAAAACUUCCACAGAAAUCGAUGACUUAGACGUAUUUGAUAUUGAAGGUAAUAUUUAGUAAGUACGUGGAAUAAUAAUGGAAUGUUUUACAACGACAUUUUGAUUGUUUUGUAUUUUGUAAUCAAACUAACCUAAUUGCAAAUUUUUACUGUAUCUUUGGCUUGUGCCCAUUUUUGCUAUUAUGUUGAAGCAUGGUGUUCAGAAUUGGAGUAAAAAAUUAAGAAUCAACCAAAGGUUACGCAUCUACUCCUAUACAGUGUCGAUAUUGAAGCGAGCAAUAAAUCAUCCUUUUUUGUUACACUUUAAACCGGGCGAAAUAGUUAUUUUCCGUACACAUGGUACAUAACUCAGGUAAAUUUUAGGCAAACAACACAGAAAAUAUAUCCAUCCGUUUGAAGGAAUUGAAUCAAUGUCUAUCACAAAUUAUACUAUGUGUAAUGGUUCGAACGUAGCGUAACAAAUAGGGAUUGCAGAUUGAGUUAACUUGUCCAAUUGAAAACAAAACGUAAUGCAUUGAAACACUCCGAACCUACAAAAGACGUUUGCGGAUGAUAGAUGAAAUUUAACAAUGAGGUAAGUCGAAUAUCUGCAAUCUAGUAUCGAAGUCAUAACAAUAUUCUAAUUGAAAUGUAAUGAUGUAAACAUAGAUCGCGUGCUAAAGAUGUGUGCUUAUAUCAAUGAGACAGUUAUGGUCACAGUUCUGACCUUUCUGGCUAUAAAGUCUCAAAAACAUAGAUUAUGUGUGCACAAGUAUUUGUAUAAUUAAGCUAGUGAAAUAAAAUUUAUUGUC